AACACGACGAAGGGAAGAUCACGAUGAUGUUCAACUAUCAGAACUUCGAUGAGAUCUUUGGCUUUGAUCCAGACUGCUCGUAUGAUGACGACGCAGUAGCAGAGAUCGAGGCGAACCGGAAGCAUCUCGAGGGCUUGUUCAUUGAGAAGGUCAUGAAGCUUCUAGGAAUUAAGAGACCUGCAAAGUACUAUCCUCCGAAGUCCAAUGGCGAUCUCAGAAACCUCCAUAAAACUAUCGUCGAAACCGGCGGAGCGGACCACCACAAGAUUUCCGUCCUCUAUUACAUUCUGCUCGAGUUCGACUUCGCGACAGGAAGGAGAGAGUACUCAACUACCUUGGAAGAGAAUGCCUUCCUGCCACAAAAAUACCAGAUCUACAUGAAGGGACUGUGGCACUUGGACCGACAAGAAUUCGAACUGGCUCUUCAAUAUUUGACGCACCCAUCCCUUAUUCCCACCUUCGCAGAUGAAAUCUUAGAGGUCCUCGUCCGGCGUGCAAGUCAAAACUUGACUCUUGCUCUGUCCUACUACCAUACUGUCCAGCCCACCCUAACUAGCCGAGGCGCCAUUGAGUGCCUCUUCUCCGCGAUAGCAAGGACUAGUGUUACGGAAGCAUUCUAUUUCUGCAGAGGCCAGCCGGAAUAUAUGCAGCGACAUAUGUUCCAGAUGCUUAUUGCGCUUGUCCUCAAUAAUUCUUCCCCAGACUCUGUCGCGGACCGAAGUGUCGAGCUCGUGAACUUGCCAUUCACCCCUGAAGAGGAAGCCUGGUUCGAGGACUAUCUGUUGCACGGGGACGGGCGAGCUCUCAAGAAGGGCAGGGAUACAUUGAUGAUGCGAAUGAUUGGGACCGGCAAUUUCACGGACUCGUUAUCGCUGAAGAGCAUCCAUAACCGUCCAAUUGUUGGAUUAGACUGGGGCAAGCUUUCGGGGGCGGUCGAAGGCGGAUUGGGACCUCGAUUAGAAUCAUGAACGAGAUGUGAUAAUUGCCAUAUAUAUAUUUCCUGUACAUUAGCAGAUGGCGUUUGACGCGUGGUUGGGGUGCUGGCUUAACUGGCGGUACUGUCUGCUCCUCAACGUGACGGCGCCAUAUCAUCGGGGCUGAGGUGACCUCACGAAGCAAAAUGUUCUACAUCUCAAGCUAGCCAUAAAAGUUAGCCGGAGUUUGAUAGCUACUGUGGGAUACCAGCGUUGCUGUGAUAAGUCUUACAAGGCAAACCAUUCCC